UUCGUGUGUAGAACCAUGUUGACGGAAUUGUCCGAAGCACAUCGAAGCCUAUAUCUAUGGAAGAUCAAUCGUCAACAAUCGUCAAGUAUGGCGACCAAAAGAGUGAGGGAGUUAUGUACCCCUUUUAGCAAAUUGUACAGAAAAAAUACGUCCGCAUUAAAUACGAUAACGCAACGUAUGUAUGCAACUGUGAACGAAGGUGACACUCAAGUAACUCACACUGGUCAGGUAUUCGAAAAAGAUGACUAUCGAUUGGUAAGAUUCGUGGACAGGCCAAAAGAAGUUAAUGAAAAUUGGGCGAUUAAAUUGAUAAAUGAAGUGCCACCAUCUCCUAAAAAAGAAAGAAUAGUAGCUUGCGAUGGUGGUGGAGGCCCACUUGGACAUCCUAAAGUGUAUAUAAAUCUGGAUAAACCAGGCAACCAUAGCUGUGGUUAUUGCGGUUUACGUUUUUAUAAAGAGGAUCAUCAUUAGGUAAUCACUAUAUAUAAGUAGUUACAUUAUCAAUUAAAAAAUAUGUAUAUAUUUUAGAAUACAGUGUGCAUGUUUUAUGUUGAAAUAAAAUAAAACUGUGCAAUUUAUACAAUGCAUUUUAAUCAUAUCUUAACUGUACCAAAUAAUAUAUAUUUAAUAAUAUAGAUUUCUAUAAAGCCUGCUAUCAGAUAGUGUACCAGUAUCACGACAUACUUGUAUAUGUUUGAAUAAGAUGUUAAUAAUAAAUAAAUAAGUUUUUAAGAUAUCA